GCUGUUUGUUGUCGGGUAUUUCUUGGUCUCGACACCGUUGAAACCAAAAAGCUUUUUCUUUAAGGAAUAUGCAUUAAUUAAAAAUAAAAUUGAAUUUAUAUACUAAUUUAAUAUUACAAGUUAAUAGUAUUUCGUUUUCUUUAAGUGGUUUUAGACAAUAAUUAAUUGCCAAAACUUCAUAAUGUCUGAGGACGUGAUUAAACAUUCUGUACACACUUUAGUGUUUCGAUCGUUGAAAAGAUCGCACGAUAUGUUUCUAGCUAACCAAGGGAUGUUACCGCCAAUCGACGAUAAAGCAGAGAAAGUACUGAAAUUGGUUAAAGCAAGAGAUAGUUACGGACAAGUGAUGGGUGCAGUGCGGAAGGCUCAGGCCCUGAAACAACAAGAGUCUGUCACCUGUAGACCUGAAACUCCACUGACCACAGCAGAAACAGUGGAAACUGCACCUUUGCCAUCGGAAGGGGCUGUUGUCCCAUACUCUGGACCAACACCUUCACCGUCACCAGCUCCCCCCUCGGGGGCUUUAACUGUACCGCGGAAACCGCCGUCUAUGCCCAAACCAAAAUGGCACCCACCCUGGAAAUUAAUGCGUGUUAUAUCAGGUCAUCUGGGUUGGGUUCGAUGUGUUGCUGUAGAACCUGGAAAUGAGUGGUUUGCUACUGGUGCCGCUGACAGAGUGAUAAAAGUAUGGGAUUUAGCAAGUGGGAAACUAAAAGUAUCUCUCACUGGACAUGUGAGUACAGUAAGAGGAGUGGUAGUGUCACCAAGACAUCCAUAUUUAUUCAGCUGCGGUGAGGACAGACAGGUUAAGUGCUGGGACUUAGAAUAUAACAAAGUGAUCCGGCAGUACCACGGUCACCUGUCGGCCGUGGUGUGUCUGGCGCUGCACCCGCGCCUCGACGUGCUGGUGUCGGCCGGCCGCGACGGCACCGCGCGCGUGUGGGACGUGCGCAGCAAGGCCAACGUGCACACGCUCGCCGCGCACACCGACACCGUCGCCUCGCUCGCCUGCCAGGCCGCCGAGCCGCAGAUAAUAACCGGCUCGCACGACUCGACCAUCCGUCUCUGGGACCUGGCGGCCGGCAAGUCCGUGUGCACGCUGACCAACCACAAGAAGUCCGUUCGCGCGAUCGUGAUACACCCGACAAUGUACACGUUCGCGUCGGCCUCGCCCGAUAACAUCAAACAGUGGAAAUGUCCCGAAGGAAAAUUUAUACAAAACCUGUCUGGUCACAACGCAAUAGUGAACUGUCUGGCCGUAAACCCCGAGGGCGUGCUGGUGAGCGGCGGCGACAACGGCACCAUGUACUGCUGGGACUGGAGGACCGGCUACAACUUCCAGAGGUUGCAGACGGCGGUGCAGCCCGGCUCCAUGGACUCGGAGGCCGGCAUCUUCGCCAUGAGCUUCGACCAGUCCGGCUCCCGCCUCAUCACCGCCGAGGCCGACAAGACCAUCAAGAUCUACAAGGAGGACGAGGCGGCCUCGGAGGAGACUCACCCGGUCAACUGGCGACCGGAACUAUUGAAGAGGCGAAAGUUUUAGGAACAAUAAAAUAUUUUUAUACGCAA